GAUAAGGUGCUCGUUCACACACGACUUCAUUCAAGUUGUCAACAGAGAGGCAAGGUGUACGAGACAACUGUCAAUUACUUGUCCAUUAUUGAGUGUUUAAACAAUUUGAAAUGUGACGAAAUUGUACAGAUAUGGCAGAAAUAAUGUGAAAAGAAUAUUCAGAUGAUUGAGAUAUAGAAUUCUCACAAACAUAUCAACAAUUUUAUAUUUGGAAUUAUUUGUGAUAUUUAUUGGAAUAAAAGUGGCAGAUUCUCUCUACAUGAGGAUAUACUUGAAUUCAGGAGUUGGGAGGUGAUGUAGAUUCCUGCAGCAUGACCGAGGUGCACAGCAAUCACCUCCAGCGCCUCAGCUCCACGCUGCCAGAAGGGUGGGAGGCACGUCUGGCCGCAGAGCAGGGCAGGAUCUAUUAUCUCAAUCAUGCCAGUCAGGUCUCCUCAUGGAUCCCCCCUCUAGAACACUGGGACCCGGGGACAGUAGGGCAGCCCUACGGAUGGGAGUGUGCAAUAGACAAACAUGACAAGUCAUACUACAUCAAUCAUUUGGAAAAAUAUACCACGAGAGAUGAUCCACGAGAUGAUCCAGAUUAUGUGGAACCUCCAAAACCAAGGGAGAUUACACUGAGUAGGGACUCUCAGAAGGGAUUCGGUUUUGUGGCUGGAAGUGAAAGACCAGUGGUUGUUCGCUUUGUCACAGAUGGCGGUCCAAGUGUUGACAAGCUUUUGCCAGGAGACCAGAUCAUCAAAAUAAAUGGAGAAGAUGUUAAAAAUUCACCCAGAGAAUAUGUUAUAGAUUUAGUCAGAUCAUGUAAAGUUUCCAUCUCUCUAACUGUAUGCCAGCCCUAUUCAGAUAACUCCACCAAGAAAUCUUCGUUAUUGACAGCUGCUAAAAAGGCCAGACUGAAGAGUAAUCCUAAUCGUGUCCGUUUUUCCGAGAAUGUAACUGUUACCAUGGUGAAUGGUGCUCCACUACAAAAUGGCAAUGCAGAUGAGAGUUAUGUACCAUUCAUGCCAAAUGUAUUGAAAGUUUUCCUUGAGAAUGGACAAACAAAAUCAUUUAAAUAUGACAACAAAACUACUGUAAAGGAUGUAGUGCAGUCUUUGAAGGAGAAGUUGAAUAUUAAAUGUGUACCACAUUUUAAUUUGGUGCUACAGAACAUGAAGUUUCACAUUCCAGGUCACAUGACCCUACUCCAAGAACAUGAAACACUAGCAGAGAUUGCUGCUAGACCAGGUGCUAGACAUUUCCGAUGUCUCUUUCGAGUGAUGUUUGUUCCUCUUGAUGCAUAUGAUCUACUCAAAGAAGAUCCUGUAGCUUUUGAAUACUUCUAUAUGCAAUGCUGUAAUGAUGUAGUGAAUGAAAGAUUCCCAGAGCUUAAAGGAGAGUUGGUGUUCAAGCUAGCUGCUCUUCAUAUACAGCAACAUGUCAUGAGCAACAAUAAUGUUGCUAGCAAGAUCAGCAUUAAAGCUAUUGAGAAAGAAUGUGGGAUAGAAAAGUUUGUGCCAUACAGUCACUUAGAACACCUGAAACCUAAGGAACUGCGAAAGAUAUUGAGUAGUCAGAUAAAAUUAAACCAGAAUUUGACCCCUCCUGGUCAGAAACAGCUGUCUUCCAUGCAGGCUAAGCUCCACUACAUGAAGAUUGUCAGUGAACUGAAGACUUUCGGCAGUCGUGUGUUCAUGGUCACUCUUCUGGAUAAAAUGACAGAAGCCAUGAUCUUGGUUGGUCCCAAGUCUGGCAUUGGCCUCAUUACCAACAUCAAGCUUUAUAUGCUGUCAGUAUUGGCUGAGUUUGACCAAAUUCAAAAAAUUAAAGUAGCCAAAGAAAGGGAAAAUAUGCAGAAAAUUGAAAUUACCAUCAAAAGUAAUAAUCAAGAAGGGAUGUUAAAUCUUGGCCUCCUGAAGGAUGAUGCUAUGAAUUUUGUUACAAUGGUAGAGGGUUAUUAUCGAAUAUUUGUGGAUGACAAUGUUUGCCUUGUGGAAAAGCCAGCAAGUAAACAAAGUUCAGACCCUGAUGUUCCUUCAUACUUUGGAACUCAUCGGGUUUAUGCAGCUCCCUGGAGUUACCCAGAGGAUGUAGUAACUCAUGUGAUACAGUCGGACCAUGAUUCCAAGGAGAUAGCAGAAAAUGAGAGAAUUGUCAGCUUUGCCAGGGGCCCCCCUAUUUAUGAUGGAAAUGAUAGCAACUUCAUCACAAGAAUCAAAGAGGAUUUAGGCAUCCAGUCAAAGAAGUCUGAGGAAGCUGAAGCAGUGAUCUCUCUUGUUGAAGAGUCAGAGCAGUGUGUUGAAUCUCCCAAACAUGUAAAUAAAAGUGUGAUUCUGAUUGGUUCAGAUCUUAAUGACAUUCAGGAGUAUGUAACUGCUAAAGAGAGGAAAACACCAAUCAAACAAUUAGAAACAUCAAAGAAAAAGUCUGCACUUGAUAUCAAGAUUCCAGAAACAGAGGAAACUCCAAAGACAACAAAUGUGCCAAAUGAAGAAAUAUUUGGAGAUCACAAUAUUGAUUUGAACUCCUUAGAAAGUAGGGAGGAUCUAUCUUCUGAUACAGACAGUGGGGUGGAGUCUGAGAAGAAAAUUUCUCUGGACGACUUUACAUCGGGUGGGCGUGGACAGGAAGUUGAGAGCAGUGACACAGAUAGCUGGGGGACUCCAGCCAAUAGUCCUGCUAAAGGUAGACUGUCCUCUGUCACUGCAUCUCUGCAUGGCUUGGACCUUUAUGCUGAGGAAACAACUGAGCUGCCCAGAACAGAGUCUGAUUUUGAAGUUAUUGCAUCCAGUUUUGGUCUGCUGAGUCCAGACAAGAUCCCUCCAGAGAUCCAGGAAGGGAUACUCAAUCCCAAGAUGUUUUCAGAAAGAAGAUUGUAUUUGGAUCCAGAUAUCAUUGAUUUGACAUUGAUGCCACCCCCUCCACCUCCGCCUACCUCAGAACCACCAGAACUAGAUCAGCAAGCUUCAAUAGAAGUAUGGCAGUCGUCAUCUAAACCUGAUGAAAGCCAGACACUAGAAACAGCAGAUGUUGCAGGGUCCUGCAAUGAGAAAAUACAUGUGCAUGCCCCACCAUUUGAGAGGUCAGUCAGUGUUGGUGCUACUCCAGACUUCUUUGACUCUGAUAUAGAUCAGCUGAUUGCACAGCUUACAAUACCCCCACCUCCCUCAUCUGAUGAGUCAGUGGAGCAAGUGGAUCAUCUAGCUCACACGUGGAGUGGACCAGAAACUGUUGAAUCAACAGAGGAGGAAUUCAAUGUAGAGGCAUUUGAAGUUGAUUUGGAGUCCCUGGUCAUUCCACCACCCCCUGGUAUGGCCUCUGUCUCUCUUGACAAAAUCUCAAUUGUUCCCCCAGUGACUUUCAUUUCUGAUGACAACGAAAACAAGAGUAAUCGUGGAAGUCAUCGUCGCUCAAGUUCUGUGGACAAUUUCUUUUUCAAGUUUCCAAAGGACGAGCAUAAUCAUAAAAAUGAUGAUAAUAAUGAUAAAAAGGAAGAAUUUUUGAAAAGUGGAUCUGAACGUAAAAGUAGUGCAACUCAUUGCAGUAAGACUGAUGCUAGUGAGGAUGAAUUGAGCAAUUCAAUUAAAUCAAACUACAAUGAUGAAUGUGAAAAAGCUACCUCAAAUACUUCUGGGAAAAAUAAUCAAGAAAAUGAUUCUCCUGGAUCCGUUUCCGAAAAAUUAAACACUCUGUUGCAAAUGAUUCCUAGUUUGGUGCAGAAAUCAGACAAUGAAAAUGAUUACAGUUGGAGAAGAACUUCCUCAUUGCGUCUUUCAAAACCUGUACCUAUGUAUGACAAAGACAAGAUGAAUCUUCCCAAUGGAUUGGUAAAAACUGAAGUGACAAAUAAAAAGCCUGAUAAAGCAAACUCAGUGCUUUCUCCAGUUCAGGUUGUGAAAUCUAGUCAGGAAGAGAAGCAGAAAAAGGGUGAAGUGACAGUGAGCUCAAAAUAUUCUAGGCAUCUACGCAGGACUAAUUCAUUUGACAUUCCGGCCAAGGAUGAGGCAUCAGAGAAGGAAUCAGAAAAAGCUGUGACUGAUGGUUUUUCCUCUCUAAAGGCAAAACUACAAUCGUACAGAGAUUACCUUCUAAAUAAGUCCAACAAUUCAAAGAAAGAAAGAAAAGUUGAGGAGAAAAAAGAAGAUGGACCUCUUAGGAGGUCAAAUUCUUUCACACUUAGUUAUCUUAGAAGAAGGAACAGUUCUUCUGACUCUGAUGAUCAGAAGUCUGGUAAUGAUGUGGCUCCAAACAAAAGUAAACGGCGAGAGAAGAAAUUGAAAGAGAAGGCAGAAGACAAAGAUGACAAGAAAACCCCAGCUCUUUGGAAUCAGUUGGCAGCUCCUAGGUCAUUCCGACCACACACUUCUACAACUACACAGCAUCACACGUUUCCCCUUCAGAGGAAGGAAGCAGACACACCCACCCCAUCUGGUGGGGAGGAGAGGAGCAGUGGUUUACGAAAGUCUGGACCAUUGAAGGCUCUUUCCACAGUUUUCACUUCAUCCACAUCCCCACCACCUACGUCAUCACCACCUUUAUCAUCUGAACAGGUGCUAUCCAAGACAGCCCCUGUCAUACCAUCCCAACCACAGGAACAGACCACAGUAACAGAGAGCAAAGAUGACAUUUCUCUGGGUUCACACCCACAAAAAAGGCCAAAAGAGAAUCCAUUUGGGACUGUAUCCAAUAUGUGGCGACCCAUGUCCAUGUCAAAGAGUAGCAUACGACAAACUGACUCCGAGGAGACAACUUUCAGAGUGUAUAAUAAUUUUGAUGCUCUCCGUGAUUUGUCAGCCGGGAAAACACCACCCAAAGAAGACACAGUGAUAGUGUCUCAGAAUAAGUCUAAACCUUCAGUGAUACCAACAGGCAUUUUACGGGAGAGAAAGGGGUCCUUCUCGGAGGAGAGUCAUGCAGUGGUAAGGGACAGCAUUGGUAUCAGUCAUUCAGAUUCUGUGAAACAAAUCUUGGCCCGAUCAUACAAAGCAGAAGACUUUGGAACUGCAACAAAGGAUGCUGACAGACUUUUGUCAGAGCUUAAACAAACUAUGGAAACUCUAAAGGACUCUCGCAUUGAUCGAAAGUCAGCUCAGUUUGAUAUGUGCAGGGAUGAGCUUGUCAAUCAAGUGAAAAAUUUUGUUAAGGAUGCCAAGUCUCUUGUCAGCAAUGCAUCACAAACCAAAGAAAAAAUGGCUAUCAAUUUGAAUAACAGCAUGCACACUCUUGCUAAGAUCUUUCUCCAUACCCAAGCAACCAUGAUAAUGAUGGAGGCAAUUCACCAAGCACAGCACCUGGGCUUUGAGGUGAUUAAGAUGACCAAUGCAUACAAGAGCACAGUGAAUGCAUCUCAAGCAGCAGUAGGAAAACCAAUCGGGGAUCCUCAUAUGAGAUAUCUCAUGAGACAAGCCACGAAUCUCGCACAACUCAUUAGUGGCUUGCUCAAAUCACUCAAAUCGCUAGAGCAAAAAUGAAUGUCAACAAAGUUUCCUACAAAUGUAAACAAAAUCUUUAUUUACCAUAACUUGUGGAUGUUAUUUAAAUUGGGGGGAUCAAUACAGGUCAGUUUUUGUGUUCUUAUUUAUCAGAACUGUUUGAUUGUUGAUGCAUUUAUCUUGUUUUUUUAAUGUUGUUACUUGAGUUUUACAAAGUCAGUGUUUCAUUGAUGACCAUCUACAAUUAAAAAUACAUUUUCACUAUCAUGAAAGUAUGUAAAGUGUGGGAAGCAGACAGAGUUCUAAAUGACUGAAUCCUUCCUAACCUACAUACAAAUUAAUAUAUAAUUAAUGUGCCAAUGAUUAAUUGUCAAUGAAUCUUGGGCCAAAACUAAUGAUUAUUGUGUUUGUGCUAACCUCCCAGAGAAAAUAAGUGUGGAUAGUUAGGUAGCAAAUAAAUUAUAUUUUUCUCUCAAACUUUAUUUUAAGUGUACACAAAGAAGAAUUUCAAUCACAAUCUCCUCACGGGUAUAUUUGUAUAUUAACCUUAUUGAACAGAAAGUGCUUGGUGGUGUUUUUUUUUUUCACUAUUAAUUCAACUUGAUAUGCUUUAGAGUAUUAAUUACCUUUCCAAGUCAGUGCAAGUGUCAACUGCAAAGUAAUGUUCAUUCAAUAAUCUCAUAAACAGUUUGUUUUUUUAAAAAUCUGAGGUAAAGGGGUAUAAUAACGUUGGUCAGGUUACCAGAAACACAACAAUUUUUGUUUUGGGCCUCAUUUACAUGUAGCAAUGGUGAAAAUUUUAUCUCUGUUAUUUUGCAAAAUUGCUAUCACAGUGAAUAUCUAUUGAAUGCUAGUACAUAUAUCUCCUUCCAUACUAUUUCCAAGUCUCUUUUGUAAAAUUGGUAAUUUCAAAAAUCAAAAAAUUCACAUUUACUUUGAAUACCAGUUGUUUUACUAUUAUCACUGCAAUAUGGAAAUUAAUUUCUCUCAUUAUACAUGUAAGAAGGCUUUCCUGUAAGUGCUCGUUUGUAUUGUAAAUGUUAAAGAGGUCGUAUUUUCAGUGAAUGCUGUGAGUAUAAUGUUCUUUCACUUUUUUUUUUUUUUAAUGCUUUCAAACAAUGACAAUUUGAUGUGUGACUAGGUGGGUCCAGCAAAUUCCAAUGUGAAGUUUAUAUAAAUUCUUUCUUGUGACACAAAUGCCGAUAGAACUUACAAUACAAUGUGACUGUGAUAUAUUUGUUUAUAGUACCAAAAUUUGUUUGAUACUCAAUAUUCUAUUUGUUUUAAAAAUGUAUAUCUAUAUAUUUUGUGUUAUUAUAUAUAUACUGAAAAUCUAUAAUCAGUUACUGUAAUCAUAUAUGUUUAUAUCAGGUUUUUUUCCUUGUUCGUAUUUUGUUUCAUAAUCAACAUUUGAUUGAGGAAUUAUGGAAAAGCAGAUGAUAUAGAGUUGUUACCUACAUAUAUGUUUCUGUUAAUUAUUUUGUAUCUUAUUAUUUAUGCUUUUGUCAUUCCUGGGGAGUUUAUAUGAAGUUCAUUUUUCUGUGUUCAUAAGAACUUUUAUUACAUGUACAUGUAUUCUGUAAUGUAAGGGAGGUGAUAUGCAAGCAAGUCCCUAUAAAACAAGAAAAUACAUGCAAAGAGAACAAAAUUCACAUGCAUUCCUGUUCAGGAGCAUAGGAAGCAAUUUGAGAAAAAGGGCAACAAAAAUUGUAAGGGGUAGGGGCAAAACAUAUCAGUACUCCUGGACAAAUUCUUCUGUGUGAAUUUUAAAAAUUAAAAAAAGGGAGGCAAGGGACCCCAAUCUUAGAAGAAAUUAUUUGCAGCUAUUGGUUUGGUCUUUUUUAAAACAGAAAUUUCAUUUAUUUCUCUAGUUUCGAUGCUUUGUUGAAUCUCUACAUAGAUUCUGUCAAUUUUACCUCAUCUUAAGGUAGCUCCAUCCUCAUGUGAAUUAUCAAUACUAAUGGUUAAAAGUGGAAAAACUUGAUUAAUUUCCACUCAAUAUAGUUUAAUUUAAUUAAUAACCAAAGAAAAUGUAUAUGUUGCCACCUUUUUAAAGAUGUCAGAUGUACAAAAACAGAAGUACACAUUAACAUAAUAAAAUCACACAUUUUCGUUAAACAGAAUAAUAUAAAUUGAUAAAAACUUGUUGAAAUGACAAGAUUUAAAUAUCAACAGUUUUAAAAAAAACUGCUAAUUCAUAAAUAUGUAUAGAUUGAUUGUGGAUAUUAGGGAAACCAAUAAUAGACAUCCAGUAAAGAAAAUUCCAGCAUAGGAGUUAUUGCCCUUGACAAUAUUUUUAAAAUCAUAAUUAAUUGAUUAUCAAUGGGAAAUAUAAACUUUUUCAGUAUUAAUGGUUUAUCAGAUUUUUUUAUUAUAUCCAGUGAAUGAAAUUCCUCAGAAAGAUAUAUUUCUAUCAUGCGCAAAGUUUAAUAAAUUAAGAUUUUUGCAAAAACCUAUGACAUCACAUGAGGAUCGAUCAAUCUUAAGUUAAAGGAAUGAAUUUGAAAUAGAACCAUGCUUUGUGAGUGAUAUUUUGCCUCAUGUUAGUCAGUUUUGUCUUGUUUGGAUUUCAUUUUUCCGGUGACGGAACAUAAACAUAUACUAACCCUGGUGGUAUAUGUUUAUGCUUUGAUUGACAGUUUAUGGCAAUAAUUUCAGAGAUCAUUUGUUUUAAAUCAAAUACAUACAUACAGUGCUCGUUUUUCACCCUGUAAAAGUGACAUUCAGUGUAUACAGGUAUAACAAAUUUGAUUAAUAAAUAAAACAUGUUAUAAAAAA